AUAAUCCAAUAAAAAGGACUUCUGAAAACUUGCCAAUUUUAUUUCUUUGUUCUCUUCCGACAAAUGGUUCGUAUUUUGUUUCUUCAUCCCGAUCUGGGGAUUGGUGGGGCCGAGCGGCUGGUUGUGGACGCCGCCCUGGCCCUCAAGGAGCGCGGUCACGAGCUCAGCUUCCUGACAAAUCACCAUGACAGCACCCAUUGCUUCAAGGAGACCGCCGAUGGCAGCUUCCCCGUACAGGUCGUGGGCGACUGGCUGCCACGAAAGCUCUUUGGCCGUUUCUAUGCCUUCUGUGCGUACAUCCGUAUGCUGUAUGCCGCCUUCUAUGCCAGCUUCUUUAUGCCCCAGCGCGAGAAGGUGGAUGUGGUGUUCUGCGAUCUGAUCUCCGUUUGUGUGCCUGUUCUGCGUCUGGCCCGUCACCGGCCGCGUGUGAUCUUCUAUUGCCACUUUCCCGAUCAGCUGCUCAGCGCCAGGGAGGGACUGCUGAAGCGCGUUUAUCGUGCUCCCAUCAACUGGCUGGAGGAGCAAACCGUGGGGCUGGCGGACAAAGUGCUGGUGAAUUCCAAGUUCACGCUGCGCGUAUUCCAGGACACAUUCCGGCGGCUGAGAACCGUGCCCGACGUUCUCUAUCCCUCCAUUCACACGCAGUACUUUGACCAGAUGGAACAGAAGCUGCAGCAGCGCUCCACCCUCUUGGAUGAGACCGUCCAUCCGCGGGUGCCGCGCAACGCUUUCAUCUAUCUGGACAUCAAUCGCUACGAACGGAAGAAAAACCACGCCCUGGCCCUGAAGUCGCUGCGUCUGAUGGGUGACACGCUCUCAACGGCGGAUUUCAAGCGCUGUCGCCUGAUCAUUGCCGGCGGCUAUGAUACGCGCUGCCACGAGAAUGUCGAGCACUAUGCUGAGCUCGAGCAACUCACAACCGAGCUGGAUCUACAGGAACAUGUCAUCCUGCUGCGCUCACCUACGGACGAGGAAAAGUGUCGCCUGCUCUAUGCCGCCCACUGUCUGCUCUAUACCCCGGCGAACGAGCACUUUGGCAUUGUACCCCUGGAGGGCAUGUAUUUCUCCAAGCCGGUGGUGGCCCUCAACAGCGGUGGGCCCACGGAGACUGUGGUGCACAGUUCCACGGGCUUUCUGUGCGAGAAGCAGGCGAAGAGCUUUGGCAGCGCCAUGUGCCAGUUGUUUCGCGACGAGCCGCUGCGCCUGAAGAUGGGCGAUCAGGGUCACAAGAGGGUGCAGCAAAAGUUCUCCUUUGCGGCCUUUGCGGAUCGUUUGAAUGGCAUUGUUCAGGACUUGGUGCCAGCACAAAAGAAACUUGAAUAAAAUUCCAGACAAACUGCAAUCCCA